AUGACCAAGCGGUGGCUUCCUCUUUUUCUGUUGGCUCUGGUGCAGCCGAUCUGCGCCAGACCAGACCACCGCGAUCACCAGCAAAGAUCAGAGCCUUCUCUUGAUCCCGCUCUGGAGAACAUACGCCCAGAAGAACCACCAAUCAAAAGAGCUCUGCCGGUUUCAAGGAGCUUCUUGAGAAGAGCGCAAGAAGAGACAUCCGUGGUCUUUGACGAAACCAACCUGAACUGGAAGUGGUGGGACGGCUACCUCCCGGAUGGGGCCGUGUCCAUCUACAACUCAUAUUCCCAACGUGUGGAUUACAUCUGUAAGGUGGGGUGCCACUCAGGCUACUACGACUCCACUAGCGGCAAUCCUGCCUGCUCCUACGCCAUGGACGGAGCAGGUUACACCUCCACGCAGUUUUAUCUGCUGGUCAACAAAGACAACUUUGAGAUUCUAGAGUGGAAAGAGGGUUCUGACGGUUCGGUGACGGCCAAUUCUAUUAAGACCUGCGCCAACGAAGACAUUUAUGUUGGGAAAAAUGAUUAUGGACUGGGGGAAGUGAAGGUUAGCGACAAGGUAUUCAACCUUCCAUGGGGCGGAACCUGUUAUUGGUACCGUACUUACCAGGUUCUGGAUAUCUACAAAGAUGUUGUGAGAGAGCACUUGAUGGAUGUCAAGUAUCAAACGGGGGGCGUCACCCCCAUCAAGUAUCCCCCUGAGGUCUUGAACAAGGGCACAAUGUUCAACUACGAGUGCCAGACCCUCAAGCACAUGACCACUCUCUCCAAGACCGUCGUGUCAUCCAGCAAUUGGGACAUCAACUUCUCAGUCACAGCAGGAGUCGGCACCACCAUUUUGACAAAAAUCCCCUUUAUAUUCGAAGGGAAGAUAUCCUUCAAUGCUGCCUUCACCUAUAAAUUGACCAAAAGGACCACUUAUACGGAAACCACCAUCCACUCACUGACGCUGGAAACGGUGGUGCCUGUCGGCCACUCAUGCACGGUCCAAAUGCAAGGGAAGAAGUACGGAUUGGACAUCCCAUUCACAGCGCGCCUUAAGCGCACCUACCGUAAUGGGGAGAGCACAUGGACCACCGUCACCGGGACCUUCAGAGCCAUCCAGAUAUCGAAGGUUGAAGCUGACAUGGAACGCUGUGAACCUCUCCCUGAUGCGAAGCCUUGUUAA